GCCGCGCCCCACCCCACCCGCUUCGCCACGGGUUCGAGCCCUGGCGUCGGGGCGUCCGGGAUCCCGCUGUCCAGCACCGAAGGCAAGGCCGGUCGACGCGGACCCGAGGAUUCGGUAGAUGUCCCCCAAGCCCCGCUGCCGCUCUAAGGCGGUGGAAGCGAGAUUCUCCGGAAACCCAGGGAACCCGAUGCUCGCACAGGACCAAAGCCCGAGGCCGCGGGGACCACAGAGGGACGGAGAAGCCGGGACUCCUCACAUCUCACAUCCGGCAGGGGAAGCCCAGCGGCCCCGCGCCGUGGCGACCUUGGAUCCAGACACCUGGAGAUGCUGAGCUGACCAGAACGGGAAGGCCGCUUGGACCUGGGGCUGACCAACACAGUUUUGGAUCAAAGGGAGCCUUUGGGUUUCAGCAUCCUGUAAGAGUCUAUUUACCCAUGUCAAAGCGUCAAGAAUACCUGCAGAGUUCCGGGGAGCAAGUACUGGCCAGUUUCCCAGUGCAAGCCACGAUUGACUUCUACGACGACGAGUCUACUGAGUCUGCUUCGGAAGCUGAAGAGCCAGAGGAAGGACCCCCGCCCCUCCAUCUUCCGCUCCAGGAGGUGGGAGGUCUGCAGGAAAGGCCCGGGGGAAAGGGCAGAGACCAGGGUAUCAACCGAGGGCAGCAAUCCUUAGGAGGGGGUGACCCCUGGGGGGAGGGUCUGCUCCCUCACAGUGUCUCCUCAAGGGGCGGCGAGGGCUCCUCAUCCAAAUGAAUCUGUCUCUGUCUCUUGGGCCCUGCCCGGGGACCUGCCCCCCACGUUCUCUUGGGGACACCCAAGCCAGGACACCGCGCAUCCCUGCUGAGUGUACAGAGGCUGGAGGCUUCUCGGGCAGCCCCUGGCCCGCACACUACUCCUGGCAGAAAGUCAGCUUUUACUUUUCUUUCCCCUGGCGAUUCGUUUUUGGUGCACUCAUGCAUGCCUUUGAGAAAAGAUUCUAGGACAAAGAGAAGGUCUAAGUCAACAGAGGUGUUAUCUGGUAGAGCCAGUUUUCAAAGCUCCUUCCGCGUUGUCACUCGCUGAUCAGGUGAUGAAUUCUUCCUAGAUAGUCGCCCACUCCACCUCCUACUUAACCUGAGACUCAUUAUUUAGCUAUUUCUGCUUUUGUAAAAAUAAUUUAGAUAUUAAACCCCAAUUUUAAUCUAUCAUCCAAGGGCAGAUGUAGUUGCUUAGUAGCAUUUUGGAAAAAAAAAAAGGUUUGGUUUGGUUUUGUGAUGGAGUUUUGCUCUUGCCUCCCAGGCUGGAGUACAGUGGCACAAUCUCGGCUCACUGCAACCUCCACCUCUUGGAUUCAAGUGAUUCUCCUGUCUCAACCUUCCAAGUAGCUGGGAUUACAGGCAUGAGCUACCACGCCUGGCUAAUUUUUUGUAUUUUUAGUAGAGACUCGGUUUCACCAUGUUGGUCAGGCUGGCUUUGAACUCCUGACCUCAGGUGAUCCACCCGCCUCAGCCUCCCAAAGUGCUGGGAUUACAGCCGUGAGCCACUGAGCCCAGACAAAAAAAAUGUAUUUAUUUAAAAAAAUUUUUUUUAACCCACCAAUUAAUUCCCAUAAGAGUAACAAAAAGGACCAGCCUGACCAACAUGGAGAAACUCCGUCUCUACUAAAAAUACAAAAUUAGCCGGGCGUGAUGGCACAUGCCUGUAAUCCCAGCUACUCAGGAGGCUGAGGCAGGAGAAUGGCUAGAACCCGGGAGGCGGAGGUUGCCAUGUCGAGAUCGCGCCAUUGCACUCCAGCCUGGGCAACAAGAGCGAAACUCCGUCUCAAAAAAAAAAAAAAAAAAAAAAAGGGAGUAACAAAAAGAUAGGGAUUUUUAGGAGACAAUUAGAUAAAAAUGUAUGUGAUGACUGUAUAAGGGCUGUGUGUAUGAAUUUCUAGGGAGUAGAACCUUCUCUCUUCUUAGUUGGUGACUGGGGCUUGGUAUUUUAAUAAAUGAACACUUUUUUAAAUUUUUUAUUUUUUUAACCCUACCCUUAACCCAUGAACACUAUUUUUAAUUGAAGUAUCUGAUGUAAAAUUAUUUUGAGUUUUUCAUAUUUUGGUGAUAAAUGUGUAUUCCUGAAACUUUUUAACUUACUUAUCUUACAUGUGGUGUCUUCCUGUAUAUAGUACAUUAUAUCAAUUUCUACUUGAAAUAAAUAUUUUGAAAGAA